AUGGGAUUUACAUUCGGUUUUACUGAAGAUGAUUUCAGCGACGAUGAAACAUUGAAAAACAAAAAUAUCGAAUCAAAACAAUUGGAUUCAGUUUGUCCAUUAGAUAAUUUUCAAGUCCCAAGUAAUCACCAACCUAAAUUGGAAAGCCUAGAAGAGAUUCUUAGAUCAUUAGCAAAUUUGACUAUUUCAUUUACUACUUCAACUACAAUUCAAAACAACAUAGUUUAUCGAAGAGAACUAUUUGAUGUCAAACAUCAAUUGAUGACUGAAGAUAAUAUCGGGAAUGAUAAUGACGAAUUCCAGAUAUUAUUAGGAGACACUAAUGAAGACUUGAAAACAAACAUCUAUGAAGGAGGGUUGAAAAGUUGGGAAUGUGCUUUUGACGUAGUUGACAAACUAUCAAGUUUUGCAAACAUCAAUGAAUAUGACAAAAUUGUUGAAAUAGGCUGUGGAACUGCUUUGCCUUCUUGUUUCUUAUUGAAAAAAAUAAUUGAAGAUAAAAUUUCCAUGAAUGAUAAACCAGCUCAAAAAAAGUUAGACCUAAUAUUGUCAGAUUAUAAUUAUUCUGUUUUAAGAUUAGUUACAGUCCCCAAUUUGAUUUUAAGUUGGGCAUCAACAUUAUCUGUUGACAUUUUGAAAUCUUUACAAGAAAAUAGAGACCAAGAAAGAGAGCUACAAGCAAAUGAAAUAUUUUUAUCACAGAACUUACUUGAUACAUUUUAUGCCAACUUGAAAAGUAAUAACAUAACAUUGCACCUAGUAAGUGGAUCAUGGUGUAGAGAUUAUAUUGACAUAAUCAAUGGCGUCAAAACCAAACCUGAUGUCACUGACAAUAAAACAUUACUUAUUUCUUCAGAAACAAUUUACUCACCUACAAUGUUGCCCAUCAUAAGCGAGGUUAUUAUUGAAUUACAAAAUUGUGGAAAUCAAAAUAAUUUAGCGUUAGUUGCAGCAAAAGAUAUAUAUUUUGGUGUUGGUGGAAGUGUGGCUGAUUUUAUUAAUUACUUGGAAGGAAAGAUAAGAGAUGGAACAAAUAUCAAGUAUCGUAUUGAAAAAAUUGAUUAUAGUGGAUUAAAAAGAUCGAUGAUAGAGGUCAAUAGUACUUGA